GGCGCGCAGUGGAUUUCCUCCUGAAAAUGGCUGAAAAAUAAAAGAAAGUAAAGUGGAGGCAGAGAGCAUCUUCCCGCGGCUGCGGUUCGGUUCGGGUCGGACAGAGCUGAAUUCUACCGGAUUCUACUGACACAGAAACUUUUCAAUGAACUGCACCAGGCUCCUCCACAUCCUGAACCCUCGCCCCGGGGCUCCAUCUCCCAUCAUGCCCAUCGACAUGGCCGUGAGGAUCUGCCUGGCCAGCUCACCUCCUCUGCGCUCCUUCCUCGGUAACUACGACAACCGCUGCUCGUCCUCAGCCCCUGCUCUGCUGCAACGCAAUGAACCGCUGCGACCGUGUCUGAGCAGCAGCGUCACCAUGGCAACCAUGCCCUCACCAGCCGCAGAGCUCGGCAGCAGCUCAGCGAGGCCAGGGAAGAAGAAGAGCGUGGUGUUUGCUGACUCUCGCGGUUUGGCGCUCAGCACAGUACACGUCCUCAACGAGGCCGAGGACGACCCCCUGACCGAGCUGCAGUUCCAUCUGACUGAGAUAGAGUGCGCCACAGCAACGUUAAACCUGGGAGGCAACAAAGAUCCUGGAGACUGUGGUAUAGGUCUGGCUCUGGACUUCACUCAGCCAGCUGCAGACUAUCUGGACCUGAGGAACCGACUAAAAGCCCAGCAGGUUUGUCUGGAGACCUGCUCUGUCCAGGAGCGCCUGCUCUCAGGCACCAUUCAGGUCCGAAACAUCUGCUUCAAGAAGUCCGUCUCGGUCCGGAUCACCUUUGACUCAUGGCGCUCCUUCCACGAUGUUCAGUGUCGAUACCUGAACAACAUCUACGGCUGCUCCGACACCGACACUUUCUCCUUCUCAGUCUCGGUGCCGGAGCUCCUUGAGCCCUCCAACAGAGUGGAGUUCUGUAUUCAGUACCAGACUGAGGACCAAACCUUCUGGGACAACAACCAUGGGAACAACUAUCGGCUUACGGUGAUGGAUCCAAAUGGCAGCCUGACCCGGACCACUGAGGACACUGCUGGGCUGGAGAUCCAGAGAGACCACAUUGGAGGGAAGAGGGAGGAGAUGGACUUUGAUCCUUUUGGAAGUCCCAGGACGUCAGCAGGGAUUUUCCCUGAGUGGCAGAGCUGGAAUUUUGUAGAUACCAGUGCACCCUACUGGUAAGACCGCAAUGGGACACAUUUUUCAUGUUGCACUCCCUCUGUGUUGUUGUCAGAGAUUCACUGGACCUUCACAUGCCACAUUAUGUUCGCUGAUCCACAUGUAGCUGCAGAACACACGGUGCACUGUUGUCGCUUGAGUCACUUUAGCUUCCAAAAAUGUUUUGUUUUAUGGACUUUAUGAAAGACCAGUAUUAACCUCUGGAUGAAGAGUGGAAGCGCUCUGACAGCCAGUUCAGCUUCAGGUAGUCAAAAUGUCUAAAUCUGGCACACCUGGGAUUCAUGCUCUCCAGACUCAGGUUGAAUGAAGAACCAGGAUUGGCCCAAGUGGUUCCAGCUGCAGAUUCUGCGUCAAAACUGGCCUGAGUGCUGCAAACUGGAGCGGAUCCUGAGCCCUCGAAACCUGAAUCAUAUACGAAGCCCUGUAAACUUCCAUCUGGUCCAGCAUCAGACCCAGAUCACAUCUGCUAUUCUGGUGCCGGAACACAGCCGAGCGUGCCGACACUCAGCCUCAGCGGGCCCGGCUCAGCUGGGAGACCUGGGAUAGUGAUGGGAUCGUGAGACAGAUCCACAGGGAUUCCUCGGUGCUUCAUAAAAGAGUCGCGAGAGAUGCGUCAAAGAGCGUUGCUUUUUCAAAAUAUGUAAGUACGACGAUGAGACUGAGAAUCAGGAGUCACGGGACUUUUCACCUGAAGGAUUAGUCAACACGGAGCCACUGUGAUCUGUGAGGCUCCAAAGGUCUCACAAAUUUAAGUGCUUCCUUAAAACCUCCCAAAGAUUCAUGAUGGGUUCAAGGCCUUACAGUAAACUGUGACCUGCCCAACACCAGCAGUACUUUGCAGAAAGUUUCCACAGGUUUAAUUCAACGUUGCAAAGCUUUGUGUUGCUCGUAACAGCAGAGCAGGUCCUGGUUUAAGAACCCAACAUUAUCAGGAUGGUUGAUGAGUGCAGGAUUUAAAGACAAGUUUUCUAUUACUGCAGACUCACCUGAGUUUUGAUUCAGACUCACCUCUGUCUCUCCGAGGGGUUUUGACUCAGACUCGUCUUGAUUUGGUGGGAGCUUUGACUCUGUGCUGUCUCGUGCUGGAGUCUGUGGCGUCCUCUGUAGCAUGUGGCUAACAGCCUGUUUAGAUUCUUCUAAGAUGCUUGGAGUCCUAAAGGAUUAUUUCUGUAGAAGGUAGUUACAUAAUGAUCUGAAAAUGAUAAUGACAUAUUCAGUGUAGUCUCCUACUGUUGUCUUGUCAUGGUAACUGCUGUAGCUGGAGAGAGGUAAAGCUAAACCUGUACAUCCUGUUAGCUCCUGUAGCUAUUCCAGUUUAAAAGCCUUUACUGGUUUAAAAUCCACUUCCAGUGCUCUUACCCUGACUGUAGCUGUUACUGUGUGUGUUUGUGUUGGAGACUGAAGGGAAAUGUAAAGUGUUAGAGUGAAUGUGGGAGUUCGUGUUGUCAGUUAAAAGUCUUGUCUCAUGAUGCGCUCAUGUCACAUCUGAUUGGUUGUGAAAAGCUGCUGAAGAUCAGAGAAGGAAAAACACAACAAACUUUGUUUGUUUGUUUGUUGUGUUUUUCCCUCUUCAGACAGAAGCUGCGUCAGGGUGUAUGUACCCAGCAGACUGCACCAGUCCUCAGCAGGAUUUUAAAUCAAUGAAACAGAAAUGGUUUUUCUUUGUUCCGACGUGAUUUGAACGCAACACGCCAGCCGGAUUUAGCUUGUAGCAGAAAUGAUGAAUGGCAUUUAACCUGGAUAACUAGCAAGCUAACCAGCUGGUAGCAUUAGCAACGGUAAGGUAAAGUGCAAUGUAAUGAUGAUGUCAUGAUUCUUCUGAAACAGGAAGUGAUGUAAGCAGACAGUGGCUGACUGUUCUUUUUUAUGAGUGUCCUUUCAGAAUAAAAAUCUAAAGUUUAUUGUGA